UCGCAAGUUGGCAGCGAGUGUCAAAACGAGCUUGGAAGUGUGGUCGGGGGGCUAUGGCACCCUCGAGCUUCCGGACACCAGCGGCGUCAAGGUAAACUUUCCCUCUGCAGAUUAUUUGCAGAUAUUUUUCUCAAUGUACAACUCACCUAUUUUUAUUAGAAAACCGUGUACAUGGCCAUGGACGAUCAGGCCAACGAAGUCGUGCCGGUGCCCAAGCUCCUCUUCAGGUACGCGUACAACCGUGAGAGCAACCAGGGAGUCGUAAUAAUUACCGUCAACAAUCCAUUCGUGAGAAAAUUGACCAGCGACUUGGCUCUGUGCAAGGAACAAAACUUGUGCCAUCAGAUGUACUCGCGGAUGAAGAUUUUCCCUAUGGGGUACACGUACUGCUGCUCGCUCAAGGAUUUUGCCGAUACUGCCAAACGACGUGGAUUACCCGUUUUCAAAACGGCUAAACCGUUUUGAAAUGAAAAAUAAAUGCUUAUGUGCUGAUGAUUCGUUCGAAAAUCUUUGAGCCAACCAAGAAAAAGUAAAGUGAAAAAUAAAAACUAAUGACAACAAUAAAUAAUACCGAAAUGUAUUAUAAGCUAUAC